AUGUCAAACGACACUCUAUUGACCGACGAGUAUGUCGCCGACAUCCUAGCCAAGGAAGCGAGCGAUGCAUCGGUCAGAUAUUCGGCCAUGGGGCUCGAAGCCCUCCGAUCAUCAAAACCUGCGAACAAAGCGAAGCCCAACACACGCUUUCUGGGACGCAUCAUCAAAGAGACCACCAACCAUAAUGCUGCAUUGCUGGCUAGAGAAGCCGCCGAGGCCCAGGCUCGUCUGGACGGCUUGACCGAGGCCGAAGACAAGAAGCGGCGCAAGCUGAAGCCCAGCGCCGUGGACACGCGGCAGCGACAGUUGGGCGACAUCUCGUCGUAUCUUUUGGGCGGAAAGCGCAAGCAUGGGCAAGAUCCAGGGAAGCUAGCGCCAGAGCAAGCUGUUGCCGGGAUCAACAAAGAUAAGACGCCCUGUAAUCCGGCGGGGGAUCACGAGAGGAAAGAGAGUCGACGUCACAGAGACAUAGAUCGACACGACAGAGACAGAGACAGAGACAGAGACAGAGACGGACACAGGGAUGGUGCGGCACGGGAAAGUGCAAAACAACGAACCCGUUCACAAUCGCCCAUACGACAGCAGAGAAAGGGCCACCGAAACCGGUCUCCGCUGAGCAAUGGAAAGGGCGAUGAAGAAUACGAAGAGCAUACCCGGCGAACAGGCGGCGAAGACGGCAGGAGGAUUCUGGGAAGGGCUAGGAGGGAUCUCUUUGCUGACCUUGUGCCUUCUAGUGGGACUAGUAGGCGCGGUCGGUUAGCUGAAGAAGAAGACGGCAACGAUUUCGAUCCGCUAGAGGACCUCAUUGGACCGGCUCCGCCACCGCAGUCUCCGCCGCCCGUGCGCACGCGUGGAAGGGGCGCCGCACGGGGUGCCGCCGCGAUGGACAGCCGCUUCUCUGAAGACUACGAUCCAUUGUCCGACGUCCAUCCCGACCUCCCUGAAGCGAAUGACGACUGGGGCGAGUCAGUUGAGUUGUAUCGCGACCGCCAGAAAUGGAAGCAGCAAGGCGCGGCCAGGCUUCGUGACGCAGGCUUCACAGAGGAUCAAAUAAAGAAGUGGGAAAAGGGCGGUGACAAGGACAUUGAUGAUGUCCGAUGGAGCAAGCCGGGCGAAGGACGCGAAUGGGAUAGGGGGAAGGAGAAAGGAGAAGAUUGA